CAUCUUUACCGCCGAUCCGCGAGACAUUCCGUGCUCUUUUCCAUUGGACGACUCCCCAAAUUAGGCAACGUCAAGGCCGGAGGACCGAGAAAGCAUAAACUAUAAGACAUUUUAAUCAUAAAUGCAUAGUUAACUGAAAAAUCGAGUUAUUACAUUUUAAAAUAUAACGUUUAUACGCGUUGCCCAAAAAUAACAAAAACGACUCAAUUUCCAUAAAUUGCUUUCUAAGAAGCUAUUUGCAACUAGCUAGUACACUAGCCGCAUUUUAGUUAGCUGUGCAAACAUUAGCCUGUUAGCUGGGUCAAGUCGUGAAAAUACAUUACCUCAGAUCAUAUACAUGCAUCCUGUUAUUUUUAUACAAGUGUAGCUAAAUGGGAGACAUUACGUCACUUUAUGGGGCAUUUAAUCCGGUCAACUAUCAAACUAAUGUAAUAAUCUGCACCGACCCGACAAACUAGCUAGCGCGGCCGCCUAGCUAAGUAACGUUACACCCCCCCACGAUGCUAAAAAAAUACAAGGAAAACGGAAGUCGUUAACUCUACAUUUUGCAAGCUCAAAGAAAUAGAAGAUGCGCACACUGCAUAAAUGCUGAACGGACUGUUCGUUCAGAAAGGAAGAGGCGGGACUCGUUUGGGAUGUUCGAUGGCUAUGACAGCUGCAGUGAGGAUUCUAGCAGUAGCUCGAGCUCCGAGGACAGUGAUGAAGAGGUGCCCUCCCUCCCUGCCAGCCUGCCCAUCAUCAAGACCAACGGCCAGGUCUACACCUACCCCGAUGGGAAGGCAGGAAUGGCCACCUGUGAGAUGUGUGGGAUGGUGGGAGUGAGAGAUGCUUUCUACUCCAAAACCAAGCGCUUCUGCAGUGUAUCCUGUUCAAGGAGCUACUCAUCCAACUCUAAAAAAGCCAGCAUACUGGCCAGACUGCAGGGUAAACCACCAACGAAAAAGGCUAAAGUAUUACAGAAGCAGCCUCUCAUGGCGAAGUUGGCUGCCUAUGCCCAGUACCAAGCCAACCAACAGAAUCAAGUCAAGUCAAAAACAGUGAUUCCUGUGAAAGGCUUUGAUUGGGGACGCUACAUAGGCACCGGCGACAUUAACGGGGCACCUGUCGGCUGUUUCAAACAUGUUCCCAUGGGAACUUCUUGGGGUGACCUUGCAGAAGGGGUGAGGGUAGAGGUGCCCAAUACAGACAGCGGCCUGCCAGUGAAGGUGUACUGGAUAGCAGGAGUUAUCAAAUUAGCAGGCUUUAAGGCACUACUACGGUACGAGGGGUUUGAUGGUGACUCUGGCAGGGAUUUCUGGUGUAACAUCUGUGUCCCUGACAUCCACCCGGUGGGCUGGUGUGCAGCAGGAGGAAAGCCCCUGGUUCCUCCCAAAUCCAUUCAGCACAAGUGCACCAACUGGAAAGCGUUUCUUGUGAAAUGCCUAACAGGAGCAAAGACUCUACCUAUUGAUUUCUCCACCAAGGUGCAGCAGAGCAUGCAGUUCCCCUUUAAGAAGCUGAUGCGUGUGGAGGUGGUGGAUAAAACUCACCUGUGCCGGACGCGGGUGGCCCUGGUAGAACAGGUGAUCGGAGGUCGGCUUCGGCUCGUCUACGAGGAGUGCGAGGAUGGCUCGGACGACUUCUGGUGCCACAUGUACAGCCCACUGAUACACAGCAUCGGCUGGUCCCGCGGCAUCGGACACCGCUUCAAGAGAUCUGAUGUUUCAAAGAAACUUGAUGGUCAAGUAGAUGCCCCAGGACAGCUUUUUGCUAAGGUGAAGGAUGUUGACCAGAGCGGGGAGUGGUUUAAAGAUGGCAUGAAGCUGGAGGCUAUUGACCCUCUGAAUCUAUCAGCUAUUUGUAUUGCUACUGUUAGAAAGGUCUUGGCGGAUGGAUACCUCAUGAUCGGAAUUGAUGGUUCCGAGGCAGCUGAUGGCUCUGACUGGUUCUGCUAUCACUCUACAUCUCCCUCUAUCUUUCCUGCUGGAUUCUGUGAAAUCAACACAAUUGAACUCACCCCUCCACGUGGGUACACAAAACUCCCAUUCAGAUGGUUUGACUACCUCAGGGAAACGGGUUCAGUGGCAGCUCCGGUGAAGCUCUUUAACAAGGAGGUUCCAAACCAUGGGUUCCGCCCUGGCAUGAAGCUGGAGGCUGUGGACCUGAUGGAGCCCCGGCUGGUGUGUGUUGCCACAGUGACACGUAUCGUACAUAGACUGCUGCGCAUCCAUUUUGACGGCUGGGAGGACGAGUAUGAUCAGUGGGUGGAUUGUGAAUCACCUGACCUCUACCCUGUGGGUUGGUGUCAGCUGACUGGCUACCAACUACAGCCACCAGCUGUGCUAGCCUCUAGAGAGCUCCCUCCGAGUGUGACAAAGCAGAAGAAGAAAUCCCAGCAGUACAAAGGCCAAAAGAAAAAGAGGAAGAUCCCCAUUGGUAAGCGGCCAGUGAGUUUGUCAGGGGUGGUAUUGAGUGGAGUGCCCCAGAGGAACCUAUCUGGAGACGAGAACAUGACCCCGCCAGACUACCCAUCUCCUCCCAUGCCAGCAUCUGCCCCUGGGAAUACACAGCCUCCCUCGGCAGCCCAGGAACUCGGCCCCAACAUAAAGCCAGGGGUGAUGCUGCAGCUGAAGGAGGAGGUUCAGGAGACGGACGAGUUCACCUUCCCGCAGGGCACAGCCUCCGACCUAGAGAACAACGGCUCCGGCUGCAGUUACUACAUCAAACAGGAGCCCUGAGCCUCCAUGGGGCACUGCUGCACCCACCAACGGAGGGCCAGCCUGGGGGCAAGAAGGAGCCCGUCCACUCCCUCUCUCUCCACAGCACCAGAGACCAUGGGCCCUAGGUGGCAUCCCCACAACAUUAACAUGGAAGGUCACCAAGGGGCUCCAAGCUGUGCCCAUAGAGAGAUUCAGGACAGAGCGGCUGAAAGACUAGUUCCAAACAGACAGCGCAAACGGGGAGAGGAGUGUAGAAAAUAAAGGAAAAAAGGUGCGUAAAUGACAAUAUCUUUGUUUCAGUUCAGUUCAGUUUUUUGUACUUCAACAAAAAAAAAAGGUUUUAUACGAUUUUUUCAAAUCCGAGAUGUUUUUGUGCAUCUCUCGUAUUCGUUACUUUGAGGUAGGGUAAUCUUUUGAUGGAUAAACUGUGUGAUGUUUGAGUGUAUAUAUAAUCAGAUUUUCCAAAUAACAGGGUGUAUGUACAGUUGAAGUCGGAAGUUUACAUACACUUAGGUUGGAGUCAUUAAAACUAGGUUUUCAACCACUCCACAAAUUUCUUGUUAACAAACUAUAGUUUUGGCAAGUCGGUUACGACAUCUACUUUGUGCAUGACACAAAUCAUUUUCCCAACAAUUGUUUACAGACAGAUUAUUUCACUUUAUAAUUCACUGUAUCACAAUUCCA